AAGAGCCGCUCCAAGUUUUCAGCAGCUCGCAGUCUCCCUCCGCUCCACUCGCGAGGCAGGCCGGCUGCCUUGGAACUUUUUCUAGCUUCCUCUCGUCUUCUCACCUAUCCUACCCCCCCAAGAAAGAUGUCCUAAAUCAAGGAGAAGACGAGCCUCUGCUGGCCAGAGAGUGUCUCAAGUGCCAGGGGCGUCCUACCUGCUCUUUGACUUCAAUGGGAGGUGCCAGUUGACAGCCCGUCUCGGACCCUCGCCCAAGAUGACUGCCCGUGGCCUCCUGUUGCUCUGCCCGAUGAGACUUGUGAAGAGCGCUGCGUUACCAUGGUGAUCAUCUUCUCCAAAAGCCUGGAAAAGAAGAAGGGUGUCAAUGAUGUAAGGCCCAAGAGCAGAGAACGACAGCCGCGUGAGCACCACACCAUGAGCAGAGGGACGACCCUCUUCUCUUGUGGAAGUGCUGAGGCAGACCGAUGGCUGAACCCAGGGCUAAGCUUCCAGUCAGGUACCAGUCUGGAGAGCCUGUGGGAUGAGAUGCCCGAACCGGGCGGACGCCCCUGGGCCAAGGAACCGGGCGCCGCCAUGGCCAUCACCAGCCUGAUCAGAGAUCUCAGCCUGGGUGACGGCGCCUUGAGCAAUGCCCGCCCCUGCGCUCCCCCCAGCACUUCGCCCUACACCACUGUAGCCACGAGCCAAGCGCCCACGGCGCCCCCCAGCAAGCGCCAAUGUCGCUCUUUGUCACUGUCUGACGAAUUUGGCGGCUUUCGCUCGUCGUGGCGACCUCAGGGCUCCCGCGUGUGGACGGCGGUGGAGAAGCGAAGGUGCUACAGUGGCGGGAGCGUCCGUGCCGGUGGGGGGUUCUCCGGUGGACACUGCCUCGCCAUGCAGCGUAGCUCCAGCUUCAGUUUUCCGUCUAGUACCAGCAUCUCCACGGACGGAUCGUUGGACCUGCCCUUCUUCAACCAGCGACUGCCCGCCCACCCGCACUUCACCGCCUCCCCCGUCUCCCCCACCACGCCCUCCUCGCAAUUCCCCCAGUCCUACCGUGGCCACUGCCUGCGACCUCUCUCCCUCUCCCACGAGCAGAUCAGCCUGCCCCAACUCCAGAGGGAAGAAGCUUCAGAGGCCAGCUCUCCGGAUUCCACCCCGGAACUGGGACGGCGGUCCGGCCAGAGAGGCGACGGGAAGGGGUGCCUGUCUCGUAGCAGGUCGCAGCCCUGCGUGCUAAACGACAAAAAGAUCGGGAUGAAGCGGCGGAGGCCAGAGGAUGCCCAGGAGCAAAGGCCCUCGCUGGACCUGGCAAAGAUGACUCAGCAACUCCAGACUUUCCAGAGCCUGAGUUGCCCCGGAUUCUCCUUCUUCGACAGCUGCCAAUCCAGCCUGCCCCCAUCGUGCCACCGCCAAUUGGAAUUUACCACCGUGUCCGAGCUGGGACUAGAACCGCGGCAGGAGGCGAUGAGAGACGGCAAGGAUUCGUCCGAUGAGGAACUGGACAGCGACUCGGCGUGUAGCGUGGGCUCGAGAUCCGGCUCUCCGCAGGGAAAAGUCGCCCUCUGGAAGGGCGACUGCGCCUCAUCCAGGGAUAUUUUCCAACUCGGGGGAGAGCUGGACCUCGAGCAGAUUGAGAGGAAUUGAAGCGGACGUUGACAAAUGAAAAGGGGCAAGGAACAUCGCGACUCAGUUGAAAAGGAAAGACGUUGGACUAUCGCAAAGGACGCAGAGCAUUUGCCUUGAACAUUGGGACUAUUUUGAACUUGAGUUGUUUCUCUGCUCAGGAGUGUGAAUGUAAGGGGUUAGUAGUCUUAAAAAAAUAUAUAAAACACACACACACUGAUCCGCCAUUGUCUUCCCAUCUGGUGAGCUCUCCGACGUUAGCUUAGCUUAGCAUCUCUUUCCUACAACUCAAGAGUGGACGCGGGGACGGCCGUGUAUGCUAGGAUACAUGCGUCCCUGCCCUCGCUGAAUGUAGGCUCAAUAAGCUUUAAGACGUGGGCUGCGUUUACAUGGACACUCAUAUUUUGAUCUGUUACGGAUCCGUUUCCGAGCACAGACUUCCAACAAGCAGAAGUUGUAGUGCCAAUAAUAAAAAGAAUAUUCCCGAAACGUAACUGGUUCUUUCAGUCCAUGUAAACACAGCCAUUGACUUCCUUCCUCCUUUUUUUGUAGUUUCUUUAUAUGCAAAUUGUAUAUUUGAAUUAAAUUCUUAAAUGGCUAGUUCUGAUAUCAAUGUUUAUUUUUCUAUUUCUAUGUUUUUUUUUCAUGGAGCUGUUUGUAUGCGGAGGGAGAGCGUGAGGAAGGGAUGAUCUUGGAAGUGGAAAUAAAUCUCCUUUCGCCACCGA